ACCUACACCAAGAGACAGCCCUUCUCAAGCAGCCCCCCAUAACAAAAAAGACAAAAAAAAAAAGCCCACCGCGAAAAUGCAGGGCUUCAACAUGGGACGCUACGUCCCGCCCGACUUCGAGGGGGUGACGUCGGGCAACUGGCUGCACAACAAGCGCCACCACGCCCCCGGGGGCGGCUCAUCGUCGUCGUCGGCGGCGCCGCAGACGGUGCGGUUCGAGAUGCCGUUCCCCGUGUGGUGCGGCACCUGCGCGCGCCCGACCGUCAUCGGCCAGGGCGUGCGCUUCAACGCCGCCAAGCGCCGCGUCGGCGCCCACCACUCCACCCCGAUCUUCUCCUUCACCUUCCGCCACGCCGACUGCGGCGGCGAGCUCGAGGUCCGCACCGACCCGGCCGCCACCGACUACGUCGUCGAGCGCGGCGGCCGCAGGCGCCUCGUUGCCGGGGAGGGGGAGCAGGGCGGCGACGAGGAGGACCUGGUUUCGCCCGCGGCCCUCAAGCGCGCCAGCCUUGCGAACCUGGCCUCGCGCGGCCUCGGCGGCUCGGCAGCCAGCAGCAGCGGCGAUCCCGACGACAGGCAACGAGGAGGGGACCGCGAGGCCGCCUUUGCGCACCUGGAAAAGACCAUCGCGGACCGCGCGGCGCUGGCGCGCGCGUCGACGCGCGUCGACGAGCUGGCGGCCGACUCGGACCGGCUCGGCUGGGACCGGCCGUACGAGCGCAACGCGCUGCUGCGCCGCGGCUUCCGCGCCGACCGCAAGGAGCGCGAGAGGGCCGCCGUGGCCGACGCCGACGUCAUGGCCCGCCUGGGCCUGGCAAACGACGGCGACGGCGACGGCAACGACAACCCCGACGACAACGGCGACGGGCUCGUGCUGGGCCCGGAGCUCGACGUCGACCGCGCCAGGGCCGCGCUCGUCGACUUUGGUCGCGCUCCGGACGACGACGAGGCCCUGACGAGGCCCCUCUUCGCCCCCGGCCCGGCGAGGGACCGCGACGCCGCCGCAGGGGGGCCCAGGAGGGGUGGCGACGCUGCCGGGACGAGGGGGGACGACGUAGCCGAGCCGCCCAGGGCGCCGAGGUCGAGUCCCGCCCUGGCUGGCUACCGCCACGGGCGGCGCGGCAGGUUAAAAUCGGCAGUCAAGAAAGAGAUGAGGAGGGAGAGCCUGAUAGAGGAGAUCGGGAGGAAUACUAGAAGGACGAUGGACCCGUUUCUGGAAGGCUGGGGUAGGGAGUCGCCUCAGCGCUCGGUUGUGCUUCCGGGCCUCAAGCGAAAGCGCAAUAGAGAAGGAGAGGCAACAGGCGAGACGCCAAACCCGUCGCCCGCUCUAGCGGAUCCGCCGGAUCCGGAACUGCCUGAAGUUGAAGCUCCCAGGACUGGUUUGGUUAGCUACGACUCGGACUAGGAUUUCUCAACCUUUUACUACACUUUCAUGAUACCCCUUGGAGAAAUACAGACAUCACUUCACGUCAACAGCAGGGACAAUACAUGUAUUGACCACAGAAGAGAAUAUCUCUGAUUUUCUGCACAAUAAAAGUGGCUAAUGUAAAAGGGCCAACUGCAAUCAAAACAGGAACAACCGUGUCCAAGGCACGUUGCCCUUCUCUUCCCUCAACCAGCC